AUGGCACCCCUCGUCCCCGUCUUCUCCGUCGAAACCCUCCCCGACCAUGUCAACACUGUCCAGCGGAACUUUGUGGAGAAGCGGCGCAAAGGCGACCAGAUCAAUCUGAAAGAGUGUCCGCUUUUUGAGAUGGUUCAGUACUCCUGCAAUCCUCCAAAUAAGCCUGGGCCUGAGGCGGGUGUUGUUCUCUGCGAUCCUGUCGUGCGGCUAUUUCGACGCUGUGCCGGCGGAUUGACGGUCGAAACGACGUCGUGGGAGCGGAUCAGAGAAGCGAAAGAAAUGGAGGCGAGUAAGAAAUAG